AUGUCAUUUUUCGGGUUUGAUCCAAGUAAACCUCCUCAAGGUGGACCAUCAGAAUCUUAUGAUUUUGAAAACACCUAUGAUGGAUUAGGCGAUCAAUUAGAUGAUGCGGAUGAUGCAUUAAAUGACGAAACUUUUGGAGGGAGCGGUGAUGUUGGAAAAGACUUCAAUUUUGGUGCUACCAAAGGAGCUGCUCCACCUCCUCCGCAAACUGUCAGUUACGCUCGAGCAGCUGUUGCAACUGAUGAAGAUUUCAUGAGUGAACUUUGGGGAACUGCAAAACCUCAACCAGAAGUUUCAAACCCUGUUAGUGCUGGCGAAAAGAAAAUUUUAUCCUUAGAAGAAAUUGAAGCUCAAUUAACAGCUAUCGAUCCUAGCCGUCAACCACAGCAACAUCCAAUGCAACCAUUUCCUCAACAACAAUAUGGAAUGCCAGGAAUGAUGCCAAUGCAAUAUGGUUAUAUGCCACCAAUGUAUGGAGGUCAAUACCCAGGAAUGCCACCUCAAAUGAUGGGCCAACCAGGAUUUUAUGGUCAAAUGCCACCAAUUCCUGGCCAAAUUCCAGGUCAAAUGCCUGGUCAAUUACCUGGUCAAUUACCCGGUCAACCAGCUCAUGGUCAACAAAUGCCUCAAGGUCAAAUGCCUCCACAAAUUCCUCACCAAAUCCCUCAACAACCUCCUCAACAACCUCCUCAACAACCUCCUCAACCUGUCCCAGUUCAACAUCAACAACCUGUUCAAGCACCAUCAGUGGAAACUGUUCCAGAACCCGUCGAAUCGGUUACUUCAAUUCCAACUGAAACUGUUAAACAAGGUGAAAACACCCCUGCUGUUCCUUUAUCUGAAAUCCUUGCCCCCUCAACUAGAGAAGAAAUCGCUCAAGUUGCUUCCAAAAAGUCAUCUAGACCAGUUAAUUUAUCCCAAUUUCCUGUUUUAGGGUCUAAAUCAACCCCUCAACAACGUUCCAACAGACCUUAUCAUCACCAAAACCACCACUACAAUGAUGAAGAUGACGAUGGUGAAUACCAUGAACCUUUAAUCCUUACUCCAGAACAACAAAUCAAGGCCGCAAGAAGACAAGAAAAAGUCAUGAGAAUCAUGAAAUAUUCAGGUAUUAUGAAUCCAAAAGAUAAAGAUUUCGUUACCAGAUUCCAAUUAUCUCAAAUCGUUACUGAAGAUCCUUAUAAUGAAGAUUUCUAUGCUCAAGUUUUCAAGGUUAUUCACCCUAAACCAAAUCAAGUUGGUCAACCACAAGAACAAAAUAAUUCAAUUGCUCAAGCCUAUCUUGAUCAAAGUGGUCACAGAUUAGGAGGACGUUAUAAGAGAGCUGAUGUUGCAUUACAAAGAAUGCAACAACAAGUUCAAAGAGCUGUUACUGUUGCUAAGGAAAGACCUAAAUUAACUCAAUAUGUUAGAGAAGGAGCUUUAGGAAGAAUUUCUAUCGGAUCUGGUAAAAAACCAAGACAACAAUUAGAAAUCUUCAGUCAAGCCGUUCAAAAGGGUCUUGAAGAAGAAGGUGAAACCGGUGAAGGUGAAACUGACAAAGAAAACAAAGGUAUCAAUGUUAAGAAGCUUAAUAAUGCUAUUAGUAAUCCCGCCAUCAAUACCAACCUUGAUAGUGAUUCAAUCAAGAAAUAUGGUAGAAAAGAUAUCAUGGGUAUAUUAGAAAAUAUUAUAACCAAUUUAAUGACUAUAGAAAGUGAAUCCAGAUUAUCUACUGAAGUUGAUACAAAUAAUUUAUGGGAAUCAUUGAAGAUUUUGGAACAAACUUCACCAAGAGUCAAUGAUCCAAAAGAAGUCAAUCCUUUCAUACAAUGUUUAAAUCAUGAAAAAGCUUUGAAAAUUGUCUCGAGAUUAUUUAAAUUCUUGAGUAGAGAACAAAUUUUAACCAUUGCCACAUUGAUUAUGUCAAAUUUGGGUAAUUUGGAUGUCAUUAAACAUGGAUCUUACACAACAUAUGAAGACAAGAAGGUCCCAAGCAAAUAUCUCAAAUUAAUCGAAACAUAUUCAUUAACAUUCACCAAAGCUUUAAUGAAUUCUGUACAAGACUUUAAAUUCAAUGAAAUCAUCGGAUUAUUGGUCAUUUUAAUAGAACACAAUAAUGUUUCAUUUAUUUCAACUACCAAGAUUGGUUUAUCAAUUUUAACCACCUUAUUAUCAAGAGCAGAAUUAAUCAGAGGUGAAGGAACCAUUUCUGCCGCUGAUUUAUCCGAAUGGUCUUCAUGUUAUGAUGAAUUAUUCACUGCUUUAGAAUCUAGAAUAAGUUUGAUUUUCCCACCUAAUGAUGUCGAAUCUAUUGAAAGUUAUGUGUGGCAAUUCUUAGCUACUUUAGCUUUAGGUGGUAAAUUAAAUCAUCAAAGAAUCAUUGUUGAUGAAGUGAGAGAUGAAAUCUUCUCAGUAAUGAAUAAAGCCAAAGCUUUAGAUAGUACCGAUAUUAAUAACUUCUAUAAAAAACAAAACCUUUUAAACAACUUGAACAUGUUCUUAGUUGUUAUGGGAUUAGUUGCUGAUGAGAAUGAAAUUAGAGAAUUACAAACUUAG